AUGGGCUUACAGAGUUUUUAUAGCAAUUUAGAGCUGCUUGGUUUGCCAUUCCUUCCGCCCGGUGUUUUUAUCGAUUCCACCAUCUCUUUUUUACACGGCACUGAACUUGAGCUGCUUGGAAACCAGAUCAAGACCGGACCAGAAGAUAGGCUGCCCUACCUGCUGGCCGCUGCUUGCCUGCUGGCCCGCUGCCUUGCCUGCUGGCCCCCCGCUGCCUUGGCCUGGGCCGCCUGCCUUGCCUGUGGCCGCUGCCUUGCCUGCUGGCCGGGGUCAGGAUAUGGCGAAGGGAAAGACCACGCCCCUGUCCCUGUGCUCUCCGACUGCGGGCGAGAUGUUCCUUGGAUAUAUAAAGGGCGACGGGCAACAGUGCCCUGUAGACAACUCUUAUCGGUGGGUCACUAUGAAUGCUUUGAUAUGAUUUCCGUGGCCGGCCCCCUCGUGGCUAGCGGCAGUGCCUCCUUGCUUGCGUACAACAGCGUUUAUGGAGGACAUCACGGCCUUCUUGGCGCCUAUCCUUAUGCAGGUUAUUCUGGACUGCACCCUUAUUCAUACGCAGGUGUCCUUCCUGCAGCUGCUCCUCUCACCCUCAAAACACCUGUAAUCAAGACUGUGGUUCCUGCACCUGUCUCUUACAACGUCGCUCCUGCACCUGUCUCUUACAACGUCGCUCCUGCACCUGUGUCCUACAACGUUGCCCCCUUCGCACCUGCAACACCUGUCCAGUCUCAGUACCACGCUCAGGACGAGAUCGGCCAGUACUCCUUCGGUUACGCCGGCGGUCCAUCUUCACGCGCUGAGUCUCGCGACGCCUUCGGUGUUGUCCGUGGUUCGUACAACUACGUGGACUCUGAGGGAAAGGUUCAGACUCAGCACUACGUGGCUGACGCCCUCGGCUUCCGUGCGUCCGGCACCAACCUUCCCGUGGCUCCCGACGCCCCUCUAGCCGCACUCCCCGGCCCAGUCCCCGAACCCGUCCAGGAUACUCCUGAAGUAGUCGCCGCCAAGAUCGCCCAUCUGCAGGCCUACAACGAAGCCGCCGCUGCCGCCGCUGCAGCUCCCGACACCCGCUAGGGAGAGAGCUUCACUUGAACGACAAGGUCGAUACAGUAGUGUGUAGAGCUCUCGCAACCAGAUCUCUAGUCAGUUUGGAUCGAGAGUUGACGCAUUUCUCUUUCCUUUGAACAAGCUAUGCUCAUGUUCAUGUAUAGUCAUAUAUUUCAUUGAUUUUCCAUAAUAAACUUAUGUGUAAAAAAA